GUUCUUGUGUCCGGAAUGGCAUCCACCACUUCCCGCUCGGAUAGCACACGUGAGAUUCAAUGGGUCCUCGCCUUGAUUCAUAAUGUUGUUAAAUACUCGCGUUUGUUGGGGUUGCAGAUGAAGACUUGCUAGGUCCCCUCAACCACUCAGAGGCUACUGUCUGGGGUUCCCAGAAAUUCGACUCAUUGUAACCACUGGAUCUAACAGGACUAUUGCGCAAUUACGAAAAUUCCAAGGCAUAUAUACAUGGUGACCCGCGAUGGCCGACACCGCAUUAUCAUGUCCAAAUAAUAAGGAAAACCCUACCGCUGCUAAGAAUGGACCAGUGCUCGGCGGUUCACCCAAUGCCGAGGCUGUCACAGACCCUAAGGUUUAUGAUACCGCCUUGACAAAAAAGAUCACCCGCAAGCUAGACAUAGCUUUGCUUCCUCUUCUCGGCAUAAUGUACCUUCUCGCUUUCCUGGAUCGUACCAAUAUCGCAACAGCAAAGCUCAAUGGCUUCGAGGCAGACCUGGCCAUGCCUUCCAAUGGGUACAACACAGCACUUUGGGUUUUCUAUCUCCCGUUCGUUGUCCUUGAAGUACCAUGUAACCUUUUUCUUAGUUGGGGUAUGGUUCGACCAUCACUCUGGCUAGGAGGAAUUGUCUUCGUGCUCGGGAUCGCUUCGACGUGCCAGGGCCUAACUCGAUCUCCGGGUGGUUUGUAUGCUUGUAGAGCAUUAAUGGGCGUGGUAGAGGCUGGCGUCCAGCCCGGUGCUGCGCUCCUCAUGGGACAGUACUAUAGACGUUCAGAGUUCGCACCAAGGUUCUCCUUUUUUAUCUGCUGUGCCUUGCUAGGCAACACGUUUAGUGCUUUCCUCGCUUAUGCAAUUGGCAACAUGGACGGUGUGCAUGGUCUUGAGGGCUGGCGAUGGAUAUUCAUACUCGAGGGAGUCGUGACAGGAUGCUUCGGUGCCGUACUAGCAAUGUUCACACCUGACUGGCCCGAAAAGGCUCACUUUCUCGAUCCGCAUGAGCGCGAGAGUUUCUUGAACCGACUCAAGAUCGAGCGCGGGCAAGAGAAAUCGAAUAUGCAGAACGUGGAGUGGAUUAAGUGUAUACUCAACUGGAAGACUUGGGCAGUAACAUUCAUUUAUUUCUGCAGCGACAUGAGUGCCGCCUCGACCGUUUCGUUUUCACCAACCAUUCUCUCUCAACUGGGAUAUACCGGCAAUAGAGCUAACGUGAUGUUAAUACCAAUCUACCUCGUUGGCGCCUUCAUAAUGGUGGCGUCGGGUUGGAUUGCAGGCCGUCUGAACAAUCGUUCAAUUGUCAUUGCUUUUGGUGCUGCCAUUUCCAUUGUCGGCUGGUCUAUCCAACGGGCUCAAGUACAACCAGCUGGUGUACGCUAUUUCGGUCUCUAUAUGAUUUACUGGGGUGCCAACAUUCAGAUGCCGAAUUGCGUUGCUUGGUUCCACAGCAAUGUCAUCGGUAGGCCCGAAAACGCUGUUGGCAUGGCCAUCAUUGCUGGUUUUGGAAAUGCAUGCAACUUUGUCUCGUCCAACGUUUUCAUUACCUCAGAAGCACCCCGAUAUCCUACUGCUUUUUCAGUAGGUUUAGCCAUCCAGUCAGUGGGACUGAUCUCAUGUAUCGCACUUACGACAUUCCUUCACGUCUUAAACACGAGGACUGGGACGAAGACGUAUUAUCUGUAG